AUGGCGGAAUUUGCUGCUUUCUUUCAUGGUCUGCAUCAUGCCAGAAUUAUGGGUAUUGAAAAUCUUUGGAUUGAAAGUGACUCCAAUGCAGUGGUUACUUGCACUAGAAAUCAAGGAAUUCCAUGGUGUUUUGAACAACAAUGGUUAUUUUACAAGAAAUAUCUGAACGAGACCAAUUGGACAAUCUCUCAAUGUUACAGAGAAGUCAAUGUGGCUGCUGAUAAGCUUGCAAAAAGUGGAGCUGGAACUAUGGCAUCAGCCUCAUGGCUAACUCCUCCUGAUUUUGUUUUCUCAGAGAAGACCCAAAUUUCGGUUUAUGACUGUUCUCAACAGGUCCUUCCUCGGUUUGCCUCUGACCAUUCCCCUCUGCUUGUGGUCUCAAGUAGCAGCCAGCGCCCUCCAAAUUGCCCCUUUCGAUUUAAUAAUUUUUGGACGGAUCAUGAGGACUUCGAUAGGGUUGUAGCUGAAUCCUGGGCGGAGUGGGUUCCAGGGUCACCUAUUUUAUCCCUAAUGUCUAAACUCAAGCGGCUCAAAGGGGCGUUAAAAGGUUGGGAGAAACUGACCUUUCCCCAUUUUGAAAGGGAUCUCGACGAGGCAAAGAAAAAUCUCGCCCACGUGCAGGAGGAGAUUGACAGUAAUGGGUUGUCGGAUCAACUGUUCCGAAUGGAGGCUGAUGCUAAAACGGCUCUUCUCAAGGCGCAAGAUAACCAUGAAAAGCUUUGGGCAGAAAAGGCGAGACUCAGGUGGUUGACUUAUGGGGACAGAAAUUCUAAGUUUUUCCAUCUAUCUGCUAAAAUGCGAAGAAAUAGAAAUACUAUCCGAUCCCUCAAAAAACAGGAUGGGUCAAUUGUGGAAGGGCAAACUAAUUUGGGUGAGUAUAUUGUGGAAUUCUAUGAGGGAUUUCACAAAAAUGCUCCAACAGUCGAUCAUCUUGAUCUUUUGGACAGCAUUCCGAGGGUUCUCCAACAAGUAGACAUAUUUCAUCUAGACUCUCUUCCUGGUAAUGCAGAGAUCAUGAAGGCGGUCUGGGCGCUUGAUCCUGAAAGCUCGCCUGGCCCAGACGGCUUCUCUGGAAAAUUUUUCAGGAAGUGUUGGAGCAUUGUGGAAGGUGAUGUUUGUAAUGCGGUGAAAGCCUUCUUCAGGACUAGUCGUAUGCCUAAAGGUGUUAACAAUACUUUCCUUAUUCUGAUCCCUAAAGUGGACGGAGCUGAGACUCUGGACAAGUAUCGACCAUUGUGUAUGAGCAAUUUUUUCUGCAAAAUAAUUUCUAAGGUGUUGGCUAUGCGCUUAGAGAGAUUUCUCCCCAUGCUCAUUUCGGAAGAACAGGGAGCUUUUCAAAAAGGGAAGCUGAUCCAUGACAACAUUAGUGUGGCAUCCGAGUUGGCGAACUUGAUGUACUCUGCCACGAGAGGGGGUGGCCUUGGUCUAAAAAUAGACAUCAGAAAGGCAUACGAUACGAUUUCUUGGUCUUUCCUCUUUAAGGUGAUGGAAAAAUUUGGAUUCUCAGAAAAUUGGAUCACAUGGCUGCAUCAACUAUUGGCUUCAACUAAGAUUUCUGUUCUUGUCAAUGGAGGCCCGCAGGGCUUCUUUGGCGUGGAGCGAGGAUUGAGACAGGGAGACCCUAUAUCCCCCUUGCUUUUUAUCAUGGCGGAAGAGGUUCUCUCUCGAGGCCUGACGAGAUUGACCCACCAAAAAGAUAUUAUGCCCAUUUGUGGCCCUAAAGGCGUUGUAACCCCUGGACACAUCUUAUUCGCCGAUGAUAUCUUUAUCUUCUCGAAUGCUUCAUCCAGGUAUGUGGCUAACCUUAAAAAUUUUCUUAUGAAAUAUCAGGAGUUCUCUGGUCAACACAUCAGCUUCGAGAAAAGCAAGCUCUUUCUAGGGAAAAUUUCUCCAACUCGUAAGCAAGCCAUCGCUGAGACUUUGGGCAUCCCCAUUUGCAGCUUUCCAACUCGAUACCUUGGUGUUGAGAUAUUCAAGGGAAGAAUCACAAAGGAGGCAUUUCUGCCUGUGUUGGAUAAAGUAAAGGGGCGCCUUGCUGGAUGGAAAGGUAAACUUUUGUCGAUGGCGGGCAGGGUGGAGUUGGUUAGAUCAGUCAUAUCCGGUAUUCCUAAUCAUAAUUUUGGGAUCUAUUGGUGGCCCUCUGCUCUCCUUGUAACCAUGGAAAGAUGGAUGAAGAACUUCAUCUGGACAGGGGAAGUGGAUACCUCAAAACCAAUUACAGUGAAGUGGGAGUCUGUUUGCAAACCGAAGGAAGAAGGGGGUUUAGGUAUCAGAAGACUCAGAGACACGAACAUGGCAAUGCUGUGUAAAUUGGUAUGGAGAAUAAAGCAUGAGAAAUCUGCUGCCAAUUCCUUUCUUAGAGCCAGAUUUGUGAAAAAAGAUGGGUCAUUUAAUAGAGGUUGUCGGCCGUCGUCUAUUGCUCUGGGCAUCAGAAAGGUGUGGAAGACUGUGGAGGCAAACGAACGUUGGAUUAUUGGGAGAGGCGAUCUAGCAAAUUUCUGGAAAGACAAAUGGUGGGGCCCUAGGUCUAUUCUUGAGGAGAUUCAGACUCCUGACCUCCCUCCCCUCCCUUGCAAUGCUAAGGUUUGUGAUUUCAUCAGGAAUGGCGAAUGGUCACUUCCAGAGGUCCGCUCUCACUCUCUCAGACAAAUUUUCCUUGCAAUUAAAGAGGUGAAGAUUCCCAGUGCCCAAAUUGAGGACUUAUGUAUAUGGCAGCUAUCUCCUCUUGGUUCUUUUACUACAUCGUCAGCGUGGGAGGAUAUUAGAAGAGUUGCUCCGGCAGUGCAUUGGAACUCUUUGGUUUGGCACAAUAACCUCCCUCCAAGAAUUGCUACUUUUGGAUGGCGACUAGCUCAUGAGAGACUUCCAACGGACGAGCUUAUAAGGAAAAAAGGAAUUUUCCUAGUCUCUCGAUGUAGCCUCUGUGAGCAGUACGAAGAAAGGACUUCUAAGGGUGAAGUGAAAUCGAUUGCUGAUAUUAUGUGUUGCAGAAAACUGGGGCUGAAGAUUGAUAACCCAAAGAUUGUGCCGCCGCUGGAAGUUCAUUGGUCUGAAUUUAGCGCUGUCAUGGAAGCAAUAUUGGUUGCUAUGAAUAUGAACGCAAGGGGCUUGUGGAUCGAGUUGGACUCCGCAGCUGUAGUGGCUGCAACUCAGAAGAUGCAUAUCCCUUGGUUUGUUUUACAAAAAUGGCGGUUUGCUCUCCCAUUCCUUCAGUCCAUUACAUGGAAAAUCACCCACUGCUUCCGUGAGGCGAACACUGUGGCAGAUUUUUUGGCAAAGAAGGCAGCAAAAUCGGGAGCCUCUGACUACUCCACCACUUUUCCCAGUCAUCCUCUAGAUGCAGCCGUCGUCGAGGGUGUGCUCGGAGCAAUUGAGGAUGGAGUAGUUGACCAGAAGGCGCAGGAUGCUGUCCAGCUUCACUGGAGCAUCUGGAUAGUGUGUGGGCAGGUAAGCAUUGAUCUUCAAAGGUUUGUGCCCUUGCGGCUGGCCUUGGCACCGAUUUCAGGACCAUGGGUAGCUAGAAGCUGGCCAAUUGCAUGGCGUACAUAA